GGCACCUUCCCGGUCCUUGCUGCCUCUCCACCCUCCGCUCCAUCCCUCCUCCUCAGCUACCUGUCCAAGUCACCGAGCUUUUGCAUUUGGGAAGAGGACGUCCGCGGGAAGGAAUCCCCCCCUCUGGGCGAGGGCUCCGAGAGGGGGCGACGCCGGAGGCUCCCCCAGGGGCCCGGAGGGAAGGGGUGUUGGUGCCAGAAGAAGAGAAUGAUUGAUGGGACACAGACACCAGUUAGAGACACUCACCCUCUUGCUUCCAAUAUUGUCACCUGAGUGCGUCCCAGCAGCCCUGGUGAGCCACCAACGCCUGGGAUCUCCCAGGGUGAUCGGAUGCUCAGCCAGAGAGCCACCCCUUUGCUGAAUCACGAUCCGCAACCGGACAUCUUGCACAAAAACCAACCGGACCCCAUUGAGUAGAUAUGUUGUAGGACAACAACCAACCCACAGGCUACUGUUAACACCCGCCACGUCAGUAUGUUAGCUUUCCACCAAAGUCCUCCAGAUCCCUGAGCGCACCCAGUAUCUCAACCCUUCACGGUCAGUUUUGGCAUCAACUUUGAGGUCUCAUCCUCUUGUUCUUUUUUUUUCUUUUUAAAUAUCCGGCCCUACCUACGUAUAGACAUCCAUGUGUGUGUAAAAUAGACACAGGCCACAGAUAAGCCAACCCUGUGCCAGUUCCCGCCAAGAUCGCCAAGAAUUUAGAGAUGUAUUUGUCAAGAUUCCUGUCCAUUCACGCCCUCUGGGUUACCGUGUCGUCGGUGAUGCAGCCCUACCCCCUGGUGUGGGGACAUUACGAUGUGUGCAAGACCCAGAUCUACACGGAAGAAGGCAAAGUGUGGGAUUACAUGGCCUGUCAGCCGGAAUCUACGGACAUGACCAAGUACCUGAAAGUGAAGCUGGACCCUCCCGACAUCACGUGCGGAGACCCUCCCGAGACGUUCUGCGCGAUGGGCAACCCCUACAUGUGCAACAACGAGUGUGACGCGAGCACCCCCGAGCUGGCGCACCCCCCGGAGCUGAUGUUCGACUUCGAGGGGAGACACCCCUCCACCUUCUGGCAGUCGGCCACCUGGAAGGACUACCCCAAGCCCCUCCAGGUGAACAUCACUCUGUCCUGGAGCAAAACCAUCGAGCUCACGGACAACAUCGUCAUCACCUUCGAGUCGGGGCGCCCGGACCAGAUGAUCCUGGAGAAGUCCCUGGACUACGGGCGCACCUGGCAGCCCUACCAGUACUACGCCACCGACUGCCUGGACGCCUUCCACAUGGACCCCAAGUCCGUGAAGGACCUGUCCCAGCACACGGUCCUGGAGAUCAUCUGCACCGAGGAGUACUCCACGGGCUACGCGACCAACAGCAAGAUCAUCCACUUCGAAAUCAAGGACAGGUUCGCCUUCUUCGCCGGGCCGUGGCUGCGCAACAUGGCCUCCCUCUACGGCCAGCUGGACACCACCAAGAAGCUCCGAGACUUCUUCACGGUCACGGACCUGCGGCUCCGGCUGCUGCGGCCGGCCGUCGGGGAGAUCUUCGUGGAUGAGCUGCACCUGGCGCGCUACUUCUACGCCAUCUCGGACAUCAAGGUCCACGGCAGGUGCAAAUGUAACCUCCACGCCACCGUGUGCGUGUACGACAACAGCAAGCUGGCCUGUGAGUGUGAGCACAACACGACAGGGCCCGACUGCGGGAAGUGCAAGAAGAACUACCAGGGCCGGCCGUGGAGCCCCGGCUCCUACCUCCCCAUCCCCAAGGGCACCGCGAACACCUGUAUCCCCAGUAUUUCCAGUAUUGGUAAUCCUUCCAAGUUUAAUAGGAUAUGGCCGAAUACUUCUUCCCUUGAGGUGUCUAACCCCAAACAAGUGGCUCCCAAAGUAGCUUUGCCAACAGUUCCUUCCGUUCAAGUUGCAAACCACAAGAGAGAUUGUGAAUGCUUCGGCCACUCCAAUCGGUGCAGUUAUAUCGAUCUGCUAAACACAGUCAUUUGCGUGAGCUGUAAGCACAACACUAGAGGGCAGCACUGUGAGCUAUGCAGGCUGGGCUACUUCCGCAAUGCUUCGGCACAGCUGGACGAUGAGAAUGUGUGCAUAGAGUGUUAUUGUAACCCCUUGGGCUCAGUCCAUGAGCGCUGUAAUGACUCGGGAUUCUGUGAGUGUAAGGCGGGAACCACAGGGCCUAAGUGUGAUGAGUGUCUGCCGGGCAAUUCCUGGCACGCCGGCUGUCAACGUAAGUAA